UGACAACUUUAAUCGUUUAACCAACCGAUGUUGCUUUUGCUUGUGUUAUUUUGAUACUUAUAUUAGCGGUACUUAAAAGCUAUACUCAAAAUUACUCGAAAGUGUAUUUUAGGUGGCAGGAACCAACGUGAAUUUCUGUCCAUCACUGGCCUCCAAAGAAGAUUUCGCAGGAAAACGCCACAAGAUGUUUCGUCUUGCAGAUUCUCCCCACACUCUAUCUACUCGAUGCUGUGUGUGUGUGUGCGCGCAGACUCUCUUGAUACGAGAAUUGCUCAAUUCUCUUUUCAGAGGGGCCCUGCAGAACCCAAUCCUGCAUGCCAAGGUGCCACGGCCAAUGCCAACAAGCCUGUGGAAGCUUUCAGGCUUACCAUGUCCAGUAGCCCAGAGAAGAAGGAGCCUGCGGCCAGACCCGGAUCUGCCUUGGGGAACCAGAUCGAUGACGAGAGUGACGACGAUUUGAUCUUUGGUCCGGCAGCUGCCAAAGCCAGCAGCGCCGCCGCUGCCAAAGGAAGCAGCGCGGCCGCCAGGCGGAAGAUUGGCGAGAAGAUCGGCGUCUUGAUGUCCAGUCUCGACAGCGAUGAGGACCACGAGCCGGUGGCGCUGUCGGAGCGGCAGCGGAAGUUGCUGAAGGAGGGCAUCGCAGGUUUGAGCGGCCGGCCAACACGGCCACCAGGUGAAGAAAGCAGUGAUGAUGAGAUUAUCAUUGAGGAGGUGGGCCUUGACCCAAAGCCGAAGGCUCCUCCGUCCCGCAACCAUCAAGGAGGCGAGGAGAGCACCAGUGAAAGUGAAACUGAAGCCUUGGCUGAGAGGUGGAAGAGCAAGGCAGCAGCAAUGCUGAAGCUCGACUGCAAAGAAUGGGCCUGCAACCCAUCGGUCGUCUCCCUGUUCAGGGCACUCUGCGGAAGAUUCAGACUGAGAGAAGGAGACCGGACUGGCAGCUAGGCUGCAAGCGAUUGACAUCUAUAUAGAUUGAUUGGAAAUCUAUAUUGUUCUAGAAGAUGUCGGGAAUCUGC